ACUUAAUCAAAACCCUCCUGCAGUCACUUCUCUGACAACUUCGCUUUUACAAAGAUUUGAUUCUCCAAACAGACAAUGAGACAGAGAUAAUAAACUGGGAGGGUAAAUAAAGGAGGGUGGGGUUGGUUGCAUGACUCAAUAGAUUAAUCAUGCAUGCCUAGUUUUUUUGGCCACCACCAGCUCGUACACAGGGGAGAGCGGGCUGCCUCUCUGCGUUUCCUCUCAGCUAUGGGUUCCUCCGGAAGAUGGAUGCUCUGGACCCUGUGUGCGUGUUUCAGCGCUCUGGAGAAUGUUGCACUCAGGGUAACCAUGAGGGAAGCCAGUCUGGAGGUGGUUCGAGGGGACUUUGUCGUCCUGCCCUGCUCCUUCUUCACCUCCGGCCCCCUCUCCAGACUCAACGUUAUCUGGACUCUGGCUCCCUUCUCCAGCCCAGAAACCCCAAUACAGGUGAUCGUGUAUGACCAUGGACAGGUGAUUGAAGAUCCCUCCCUUACUGGCAGGGUGGGUUUUACAGGUAUUCCCUGGAGUGCAGAUAUUGUCCUGAAUGACACACAAGUAUCAGAUGCUGGUAUUUACCGCUGCAUGGUCAAUAACCCACCGGAGACAGCAGAUCCUGGCGUAGGAGAACUGGUGCUCAGUGUCCUGGCGCCACCUUCGCUGCCUGUGUGCCAGUGGGACGGAGACAUUGAAGUGGGAGGAAGUGUCACGCUGUCCUGCUCAGUGGCAGAGGGCAUCCCCACGCCAGAGAUCCGCUGGCAUAGACUGAAUCCAGAGGAAAUCUCACUUCCCAUCAACAUGGAGGGGGACCUGUCGGGCUCCGUUCAAAUUGUCAACGUGUCCUCUCAGACGUCCGGCCUGUAUCGCUGCUCUGCCACUAACCUCCUGGGGACAGAGAACUGCUACGUCAAUCUGUCCGUCUACAGCACGCCGGACAGUUCCUCGGGCAUCCUGCAGGGCGUGCUGCUGACCUUGUCCAUGAGCCUGGUGUUGCUGGCGUUGCUGGCGCUCAUGCUGUGGCUCCAUCGCACGGGGCAGGACGGGAGGUGGAGGGAGGGGGAAGAGGAGGAGGAGGAGUGUUACAACGAGAUACGAUACACUCCGUCUCUGAUGAAGCGCUCGUUUGUUUGA